GGUAGUCAGACUCCAAGCGUCGGUUAGACAAGAAAUACUCUAACCUAGCCUACGCUUUAGAGGGGUUGAGACUAUGGAAAUACAUCGAUUAUUUUCUCACAAACGAAUGAAUCAGACAGGCAAGAAGGUAAUAAACUUUUGAGAGGGGGCGUUCCUCGCAACCGUCCGUUUUUUCCCCUUUUUACUGCAUAUCGCUUUUACUUCUUCAUAGAGAGGGCGAAAGGUGGUUUCUCAGCAGUGGCGAUACUCUCAUUAAUUGGAAAUAUAACAUACACACACGGAGCCGCGCGCGGAGGCAGAAGGUGUUCGCGCUCUCCAUCUCGCCCCCCUCUUCUCGUCUUUGGCUUGGGAGUUGAUGAAGGAUUUUAUAAGCAUUACAGCUGUGUGGUACAUAAGGCAACGUUUUUAUUCUUGGGUUCUGUUUUUCUCUCUUUUGGUGUGAAAUCUUCCAUUAAAAUCCGCUAACCCCGCGGUCCGCAUGAGAUGGUUCAGUCCAGCUGCGGGAGCCGAGUCUCGAUGCAUUGGGAUUUUUCUCAGCUCCGACACGAAGUGAAUCUUCCAUUUAAUACCAUCUGAUAACGUGCCUGCCAAAAUAUCCUGCCAUGUGCUCCGCUUUGAAUUCUGACGGAACGGGACUUGUAAGGACAGAGUGCCGAUGUAGACACAGCGGAGCUAGAAAACUGGACGGAGUACGGAUUUUUGCGCUAAUGAAGGUGGGAUCCCAGGCGCAUCAUUGGAGCCGGGUCCUGUUCUUGUACAUGGGGCUACUGGCUGCUACGGUUAAGGCUCAAAACUGCAGUUACACACUCCACAGUCCCAACGGAACGAUAGAGAGCCCCGGAUACCCUUAUGGAUACCCCAACUAUGCCAACUGCACGUGGGUGAUCGUGGCGCAGGAGCACAACCGCAUCCAGCUGGUGUUCGAGGGCUUCGCGCUGGAGGAAGACUUCGACCUCCUCUCCGUCUACGAUGGGCAGCCCAGCCCGGGAAACCUACGCACGAGGUUGACAGGGUUUGCGGCCCCUUCUCCCAUCGUGAGCACAGGGUCACGGCUCACUCUCUGGCUCCUGUCAGACUACGCCGUCAGUGGACAGGGCUUCAGAGCCUACUACGAGGCUCCGCCCAGGUUGUGCUCGUCCUGGCUGCCGGGUGAGGAGCACAACCUGGCCAGGACCACCCAUGUGGGUAACGCCACUCUCACCCAUGUGGGUAAUGCCACUCUCACCCAUGGAGGUCACGCCACUCUCACCCAUGGAGGUCACGCCACUCUCACCCAUGGAGGUACUGCCACUCUCACCCAUGGAGGUCACGCCACUCUCACCCAUGGAGGUAACGCCACUCUUACCCAUGUGGGUCACGCCCCUCUCACCCAUGGGGGUACUGCCACUCUCACCCAUGGAGGUAACGCCACUCUUACCCAUGUGGGUCACGCCCCUCUCACCCAUGGGGGUACUGCCACUCUCACCACUCUCACCCAUGGAGGUAACGCCACUCUCACCCAUGAAGGUCACGCCACUCUCACCCAUGUGGGUACUGCCACUCUCACCACUCUCACCCAUGGAGGUAACGCCACUCUCACCCAUGAAGGUCACGCCACUCUCACCCAUGAAGAUAACGCCACUCUCACCCAUGAAGAUAACGCCACUCUCACCCAUGAAGGUCACGCCACUCUCACCCAUGGAGGCUUGCUUGCUUCACGUGUCUUCAUGUGCCCGAACGCGUCCCCUCCACCCCCGGCCAGCAUCUCCAGCAUGUCGGCUCCGUCCGAAGACAUGGUGGACGGCGUAGACGGCGUGCCGGGCGACAGGAGUUGCGAGGACGCCGGGCUGGUGUCGGCUGACGCGCCGCAGAUCACGCUGGGCGGAGCGCUGCACUUCUGCUUCACCUUCCGCUCGAUCUGUUUAAUUGCAAUCCUACUGCUUCUCCUGAUCACGGGACUGGAGACCUCGGUGGGCUCGGUCUCCUCAGCCACCAAGGGUUCAGCUGCUCCCCCAACUGCAGGGGGGUCAAGGGACGCCUUCCGAUUCUUAGCCUUGGCUUCCACCUUCACCUGCUCCAGAGUGAGCGUGACAAUGUCAUUAUGGGACAGCCCCUCAAAGGUAUCCAGCAGUGUGGCGCUGCCUAUGGAGGUGUCCAUCACACUGACGUCGGGGUCAAUUGGCUUGAGCGCCUCCACAAAUGUGUCCUCAAGUGGGGACACGAAAGACACGUCUUCUGGCGGGACGACUUCGACACAGACUUCCUCCUCUGGUUGGGAGUCCGUCGAUGAAGGGAUAUCCACUGGGGUGCAUGUAUUGGACACGAAAGACACGUCUUCUGGCGGGACGACUUCUACGCAGACUUCCUCCUCUGGUUUGGAGUCCGUCGAUGAAGGGAUAUCCACUGGGGUGCAUGUAUUGGACAUGAAAGACACGUCUUCUGGCGGGCUGACUUCUACGCAGACUUCCUUCUCUGGUUUGGAGGCUGUUGAUGAAGGGAUAUCCACUGGCCUGACAGUCGCUUUCCCACCGGACCGAGUGCUGGAAGAGCUCUUUGGCAUCGCUGUCCAGCUCAAGGAGGGCAGGAAGGGCCAGGGCGGGCGUCUCCACUGUCCGCCGUAUGAGUUCUGGAGAGGGAUCCUCCACGGAAAGAACCUCGGAACGUUCCGCCGAGGCGGACGCACGCGCGUCGAGUUUGUGAGCGGCCCCGGUCGCUGGCGUGCCCACCGCUGGCGCGCUCACCUCCUCAGGUGGCGCACACACCAUUCCGCUGCUGUCGUCAUCCUCGCAGACGCUACCGUCUCCGUCCCUGUCCGAGGAGAGGCCCUCAUUCUCAGCCGUGGCAUGAAGGCAGUCGCCGUUCUGAGUGGACGGGUCGGGCAGUGUGGCACCAUUUGGGUGUACGGAGCAGGCUUUGGCAGGAGGCUCUUCGGUUCUGGCACGCUUGGCCGAGGGAGGCACGAGGUCUGGGCUGUCCGGGGCGGCUGGGCGGAUGACGGCUGCGGAGGCACCCUGAGAGGUCAGAGUGGGGUCAUCAGCAGCCCCAACUACCCCCAGGAGUACAGCAACAACGCCGACUGCACCUGGACCGUCCUGGCCGAGCCCGGCGACACCAUCGCUCUCGUCUUCUCCGACUUCCAGCUGGAGGACGACUACGACGUCCUGGAGGUCAGCGGCACCGAGGGGUCCUCCCAGUGGUUCACAGGGCCAAACCUUCCGUCCCCCAUCAUCAGCAGCAAGAACUGGCUGAGACUUCACUUCACCACGGAUGGCAACCACAAGCUGAGAGGAUUUAGCGCACAGUACCAAGUGAAGAAGAUGACAGAGCUGAAGUCCAGAGGGGUGAAGAUGCUACCCAGCAAGGACAACCACAGCAAGAUAUCAGUGUUGUCCCAGAUGGGCGUGGCACAGGGGCACAACAUGUGCCCUGACCCAGGGAUCCCCGACCGAGGGAAGAGGAAGGGAUCCGACUUCAGACGUGGAGCCACAGUGCACUUCUCCUGUGAUGAGGGCUACGAGCUGCAGGGCACCAAGAGCAUCACCUGCAUGCGGGUCACUGACAGCUACGUGGGGUGGAGCGACGACCGGCCAAUCUGCAGAGCUCCUAUGUGUGGGGGACAGCUGAGAGGGCCUAGUGGGAUCGUCACGUCCCCAAACUUCCCCGUCCAGUAUGACAACAACGCCAACUGCACCUGGGUCAUCUCAGCAUCCGACCCCUCAAAGGUAACCAGCGUCUCCACCAGAUUCACUGCUCUCUGUUACUCCUCAGCUCCAUGUGGAGGUGAUCUGAAAGCUCAGAGCGGCAUCAUCCUGUCCCCCGGCUGGCCAGAGCUUUACAAAGAGGCGCUCAACUGCGAGUGGAUCAUCGAGGCCCCCCCUGGAUAUCCCAUCAAGAUCAUCUUUGACAAGUUCCGGACGGAGGUGAACUACGAUGUCCUAGAGGUGCGCGACGGCCGGUUCCCCUCCUCUCCUCUGAUUGGCAGUUACCAGGGAACCCAGGUGCCCCAGUUCCUGAUCAGCACAUCCAACUUCGUGUACCUGCUCUUCUCCACCGACAAGAGCCACUCCGACAUCGGCUUCCGCAUCCGAUACGAGACUUUGCAGCUGCAGUCGGAUCAUUGCGUCGAUCCCGGAAUCCCAGUCAACGGCCAGCGUCACGGCAACGACUUCUACGUGGGGGCGCUGGUGACGUUCACCUGCGACGCCGGGUACACGCUGAGCGACCCCGAGCCCCUGGAAUGCGAGCCUAACUUCCAGUGGAGCCGACCCCUCCCCAGCUGUGACGCCCUGUGUGGAGGUUUCAUCCAGGGCAACACAGGCACCAUCUUGUCUCCCGGAUUCCCUGACUUCUACCCCCACAAUCUCAACUGCACCUGGAUGAUCGAGUCGGCGCAUGGCAAAGGUGUGCAGUUCACCUUCCACACGUUUCACCUGGAGAGUCCCCACGACUGCCUGCUGGUGACGGAGAACGGCAGCUUCCCCGAGCCGCUCUGGAGGCUCACCGGCUCCACCCUGCCUCCGCCGCUCAGCGCCGGCCUGUUCGGCAACUCCACCGCACAGAUCCGCUUCCUGUCGGACUUCUCCGUGUCCUACGAGGGAUUCAACAUCACCUUCUCAGAGUAUGACCUGGAGCCUUGUGAGGACCCAGGCGUUCCCCCGUUCAGCACGCGUAAGGGCCUGCAGUUUGGAGUGGGCGACGCCCUCAUGUUCUCCUGCUUCCCCCAGUACCGGCUGGAGGGCCCCGGCCGGGUGGUGUGUCUGGGGGGCAGGAGGAGGGUGUGGAGCUCCCCGCUGCCCAGGUGUGUUGCUGAGUGUGGCUCGUCUGUCACGGGCACGCAGGGCGUCCUGGUGUCGCCCCAGUACCCCAACUACUACCGCAACAACCACGAGUGCAUCUACUCCAUCCAGACCCAAACAGGCAAGGGGAUCCAGCUCCGUGCACGCGAGUUCCAUCUGGAGGACGACGACGUAUUAAAGGUGUAUGACGGGCCGAAUAACCAAGCCCGUCUGCUGGGUGUGUUCACGGGCUCUGAGAUGCUGGACACCGUGCUCAACAGCACCUCCAGCACCAUGUGGCUCGAGUUCGUCAGCAACGAUGACAACACCAGCAAGGGCUUUGAGCUCCCUUUCACCAGCUUUGAGCUGGUGAAGUGUGAGGAUCCUGGCGUGCCCCAGUUUGGCUACAAGAGUGAUGACAAGGGCCACUUUGCAGGCAGCAGUGUGACCUACAGCUGUGACCCGGGCUACUCCCUCAAGGGCGGCGCCGUUCUCACCUGCCUGAGAGGGGAGAGGAGGGCAUGGGACAACCCACUGCCUCUGUGUAUGGCGGAGUGUGGGGGCUCCAUAAAGGACGAGCCGUCUGGUCGUAUUCUGUCUCCUGGUUACCCCGCGCCGUACGAGCACAACCUCCACUGCGUCUGGUCCAUGGAGGCUCCUCCAGGAAGCACCAUCGGGCUUCACUUCCUGGUGUUUCACACGGAGGAGGUGCACGACGUUCUGCGCAUCUGGGACGGGCCUCAGGACGGCGGGGUUCUGCUGAGGGAGCUGAGCGGCUCCGUGCUGCCGCCGGACCUCCACAGCACCUUCAACUCCAUCAGUCUGCAGUUCACCACCGACUUCUUCACCAGCAAGCAGGGCUUCGCACUGCAGUUCUCAGUCUCCACAGCCACGUCCUGUAACGACCCCGGUACCCCCACCAACGGCACGCGCGGCGGGGACAGCCGUGAGCCGGGCGACCGCGUGGUCUUCCAGUGCGACCCCGGCUACGUCCUGCAGGGGGCGACCAAGAUCACCUGCACUGAGAUCAACAACCGCUUCUUCUGGAAGCCAGACCCGCCCACCUGUACAGCGCCCUGCGGAGGAAACCUGACGGGUCCGAGUGGCCUCAUCCUCUCCCCAGAGUACCCUGAGCCAUACCCGCAUGGCCGCGAGUGUGAUUGGCUGGUCUCCGUCACCCCCGACUACAUCAUCUCUCUCAACUUCAACCAGUUCAGCCUGGAGCCCAGUUAUGACUUCCUCCACGUCUACGACGGACCAGACUCCCUCAGCCCCCUGUUGGGCAGCUUCUACGGGGCUGACGUCCCCGAGCGGAUCGAGAGCAGCAACAACACCCUUUUCCUCGCCUUCCGUAGCGACGCCUCGCUCAGUAGCAAUGGCUUUGUCCUGCAGUACACAGAGAACCCUCGGGAGUCGUGCUUUGAGCCAGGACACGUGCGGAACGGGACGCGAGUGGGCUCGGACCUGCGACUGGGUUCCACCGUCACCUUCUACUGCGACAGCGGCUACAGUCUGGAGGGAGAGGCCACCACCACCUGUGUCAUGGGGGGAGACAGCAAGCCCAUCUGGAACAAACCAAAACCUGUCUGCAUAGCUCCGUGUGGUGGUCAGUACUCGGGACUGGAGGGUGUAGUGCUCUCGCCCGGUUUCCCUGGUAACUACAGCAGCAGGAGGACGUGCGUGUACUCCGUCAAUGUGCCCAAGGACUACGUGGUGUUCAGUCAGUUUGCCUACUUCCACACGGCUCUGAAUGAUUUAGUGGAGGUUUUUGAUGGGCCUACCCAGCAUGCUCGAGUACUGAGCUCGCUGUCUGGAGCACACACUGGUGAGUCUCUGCCUCUGGCCACGUCCAAUGAGAUCCUCAUCCGUUUCACCUCCAAAGGCCAGGCCACCUCCAGGGGCUUUCAUCUGGUGUACCAAGCCGUUCCACGGACCAGCGCCACGCAGUGCAGUUCGGUGCCUGAGCCCAGGCAUGGCCGCCGCACGGGCAACAACUUCGCGGUGGGCGCCGUGAUCCGCUUCGAGUGCAGCCCCGGCUACGUGCUGGAGGGCCCCGGUGCCAUCGAGUGCCUGACGGUGCCCAACGCCCUCGCCCAGUGGAACAGCACCAUACCCAGCUGCAUCGUCCCCUGUGGUGGCAACCUGACCCAGCGCACAGGCACCAUCUUGUCCCCUGGUUACCCUGAGCCCUACCUGAACAGCCUGAGCUGCGUGUGGAAGAUCACUGUUCCAGAAGGUUCCGGCAUCCAGAUCCAGGUGAUCAGCUUCGUCACCGAGCAGAACUGGGACUCGCUGGAGGUGUUCGAUGGUGGAGACAACACUGACACCAUGUUGGGAAGCUUCUCAGGUACGGCAGUCCCCGCCCUCCUGAACAGCACGUCCAAUGAGCUGCACCUCCACUUCUUCUCUGACAUCAGUGUGUCCGCUGCCGGCUUCCGUCUGGAGUACAAGACCGUCUCCCUAACAAGCUGCCCAGAGCCAGUCGUUCCGAUGAACGGCUUCAAGGUUGGCGAGAGGUUGCAGAUGAACAAUGUGGUGUCGUUCCAGUGCGAGCCCGGCUACACCUUACUGGGGAACUCUCACAUUACCUGCAUGCCAGGGACGGUCCGUCGCUGGAAUUACCCUCCCCCGCUCUGUAUAGCCCACUGCGGUGGCAUUCAUGAAGACAUGGAGGGCACCAUUCUCAGCCCUGGUUUCCCUGGAAACUACCCCAGCAACAGCGACUGUACCUGGAGGAUCUACCUACCUGUUGGCUUUGGAGCCCACGUCGUGUUCCUGAACUUCUCCACUGAAGCCAACCACGACUUCCUGGAAAUCCGCAACGGACCCUUCGACACCAGCACUGUGACGGGCCGGUUCAGCGGAGACGAAGUGCCCCCGCCUCUCUUCAGCACCUCCCACGAGACCACCGUGUAUUUCCAUAGCGACCACUCACAGAACCGCCCCGGCUUCAGAAUGGACUACCAAUUCUAUGAGCUGCAGGAGUGUCGUGUCCCUGAGCUGUUCCACUAUGGGGUGAUAGUGGGCGCUGGCUAUAACGUGGGCCAGUCCAUCACCUUCGAGUGUUACCCAGGAUACACGCUCGUUGGCCAGCCCGUGCUCACCUGUCAACACGGAACCACCCGAGACUGGGACCACCCCUUCCCCCGCUGCGAAGUGCCGUGUGGAGGCAACAUGACAUCAGAGAAUGGCACCAUCUUCUCCCCUGGUUACCCUGAGGACUACCCCAGCUCUGCCGACUGCACCUGGCUCAUCACGGUUGCCGUGGGGAUGGGCGUGCGGAUCAACUUCACCGAGCUACGAGUGCACGGUCCACAUGACUUCAUCACAGUCUGGGACGGGCCACAGGAAUCUGCUCGUAAACUGGGCGUGUUCACGGACGGGGAGCCUAAUGAGCCGCCCAGCAGCACGUCCAAUCAGGUCCUCAUCCGUUUCCGUAGCAACACUGAAAAAGGCGGCAAGUUUAUGAUCCAUUACGAGGCCUACAGAUUACAAUACUGCCUGGCCCCUGCAAUCAUCCCCAAUGCAGAGAUCCUGAUGGCCAGCAAAGAGUUUAAAAUAGGUGAUAUAGUGCGCUACAGGUGUCUCCCAGGUUACCACUUGGGUGGCAACAGCAUCCUCACCUGUCGCCUUGGCAUUCACCUGGAGUUUGAGGGACCACCUCCAUCCUGUGAUGUGAACUGCCCCAUGAAUGAGGUCCUCACCGCCUCCACGGGAGUCAUCCUGAGCCAGUCUCCCGGCAACGGCUUCCCCCUGUUUGAGUCCUGCUCCUGGGUGGUGAAGGUGGACCCGGGAUACAACAUCUCCUUCACCAUCGAGCACUUCCAGACCAGCAGGCAGUUUGACGAGUUGGAGAUCUUUGAUGGUGCCUCCAGGCAGAGCCCUCUUCUGAUCACCCUGAGUGGGAACUACACCUCCCCCCUCAGCAUCACCAGCACCUCCAAUAAUGUCUACCUGCACUGGUCCUUCGACCACACCUCCCGGCACAAGGGCUUCAAGAUCCGCUACUCAGCGAUGUACUGCAGUCCCCCGAGCCCUCCGGUCAACGGCACGGUGCACAGCCAGACGGGCACCAAACUGGGCAGCACCCUGCGCUUCAGCUGUGACCAGGGCUUCCGUCUGAUCGGCCAGAGCAGUGCCACCUGCACCCGCAGUCCACAGGGCAUCUACCAAUGGAACGCUCCGGUGCCCCUCUGCCAGGUGGUGUCCUGUGGAAUGCCCCUGGCUCCUGUAAACGGGAGUGUGAUUGGUCAGGACUUCACACUGGGAUCAAGGGUGGAGUUUCAGUGCAACCCAGGCUUCCGAUUGGUCGGGCCAACUGCUGCCGCCAUCACCUGCCUGGAGUCUGGCAGGUGGAGCACAAUGGAGGCCCAGCCACGCUGCGUCUCCAUGACCUGUUCAGACAUCGGCCACACCGCCGUAGGUCACGGCAGAUGGAGGCUCAUCUACGGGAUGCCAAACCUCUACGAGACCCUGAUGAUGCUCAUCUGUGACCCCGGCUACUACUACAGGGGUCAAAGGGUCAUCCGUUGCCAAGCCAACGGGACCUGGGACUACCCGGAACCCAACCCCGCGUGUGAAAUCAUCUCGUGCGGGGAACUGGGGACGCCGCCCAAUGGGAACAAGAUCGGGACGCUGACGGUGUUCGGGGCGACGGCCAUCUUCUCCUGUAACACGGGCUACACUCUGGUGGGCUCCCGCGUCCGAGAGUGCAUGUCCAACGGCCUGUGGAGCGGCUCCGAGGUCCAGUGUCUGGCUGGUCACUGCGGUAUUCCCGAGCCCAUCGUAAACGGCCAGAUCAUCGGGGAGAACUACAACUACCGCGGCAGCGUGGUGUACCAGUGUAACCCGGGCUUCAGGCUCAUCGGCGUGUCGGUGCGCAUCUGUGACCAAGACCACCGCUGGUCCGGGAAGACCCCCCUCUGUGUUCCUAUCACCUGUGGCCAUCCUGGUAACCCGGGCUACGGUUUGACCCAGGGCACGCAGUUCAACCUGAAUGACAUUGUGCGCUUUGGCUGCAAUAUCGGCUAUGUCCUCCAGGGCGCCGUGAGGUCGCACUGCCAGCCCAACGGACAGUGGAGCAACGCCCUGCCCAAGUGUAAAAUUGUGAACUGCACAGACCCAGGUCACGUGGAGAACAGCGUGCGUCAGGUUCUGGCCAGCGGUCCCCACCGCUACAGCUUCCAGACCACCGUCUCCUUCAGCUGCAACCCCGGAUACUACCUACUGGGCACCAGCACUCUGGCCUGCCAAGGAGAAGGCACCUGGGACCGCGCACUGCCCAAGUGUCUCUUGGUGCUGUGUGACAGGCCCAGCAUGCCCCCCUAUGCCCAGAUCUCUGGGGACCGGCGGACGGUGGGCUCGGUGAUCCGCUACAGCUGCAUGGGCGCCCGCUCCAUCGUGGGCAACACCACGCGCAUGUGUCAGCUGGACGGCCACUGGAGCGGCGCUCUUGCUCACUGCUCAGGAGAUACUCUGAGCAUGUGCGGGGACCCCGGCACCCCGGUGCAUGGCAUCCGUCUGGGGGAGGAGUUUGCGGUGGGCAGCAUGGUGCGGUUCAGCUGCGAGCCCGGCUACGGCCUGGCCGGCUCCUCCUUGGAGCGCACCUGCCUGGCCAACGGCACCUGGACGGGCACGCAGCCAGAGUGUCACGUGGUGUCCUGUGGGAACCCCGGUACUCCACGGAAUGCUCAGAUCCAGUUCCACGACGGCCUGGUGUUCUCCCGUUCCAUCACGUACACGUGCCGAGAGGGCUACUACUCCACGGGCCUGCUGACCCGACACUGCACCGUCAACGGAACCUGGACGGGGAACAUGCCCGAGUGCUCCGUAAUUAACUGUGGGGAUCCGGGCGUUCCAUCCAACGGUCUGAGGCUGGGAAGUGACUUCACCUACAGUCACGCCGUGUCCUUCCAGUGUGUGCCGGGCUUCACCAUGGACGCCGACCGCGCCUCCACCCUCCUCUGCACCAAGGACCGCACCUGGAACGGAACCAAGCCCGUCUGCAAAGCGAUCGUGUGCGGCCCUCCCCCCAGCAUCCCUAACGGUCAGGUGGUGGGCUUGGACUUCCAGUGGGGGGCCAGCAUCAGCUACUCCUGUAACCAGGGUUACCAGCUCUCCCUCCCCUCCAUGCUCACCUGUCAGGGGGGGGGCAACUGGAGCGGGGAGAGGCCACAGUGCUUCCCUGUGUUCUGCGGCGACCCCGGGUUCCCAGCGCAGGGCAAGCGCGAGGACCGCGGCUUCACCUACCUCUCGGCCGUGUACUUCUCCUGCUACCCGCCGCUGCUGCUGGUGGGCUCCAAAGUACGCUACUGUCAGUACGACGGCACCUGGAGCGGCACUCAACCCUCCUGCAUCGACCCCGGUCACACUAGCUGUAUAGACCCUGGAAUCCCAAUGUUUGGACAUCAAAAUAACACACAAGGCUAUCAGAUCAGUAGUAUAAUAUUCUUCAGCUGCAGAAAGGGAUACCUGCUGCUGGGUUCCAUCUCUCGCACCUGUUUACCCAACCUCACCUGGAGCGGCCUGCAACCUGAGUGCAUCGCUCACCACUGCAGUCAGCCUGAGUUGCCGGUGCAGUCAGACGUGAGUGCCAUUGAGCUGCCGUCGCUGGGCUACACCCUCAUCUACACCUGCCAGCCGGGCUUCUACCUGAACGCCGGCUCGGAGCACCGCACCUGCAGGCCGGAUGGCAGCUGGACUGGCAAGCCACCCAUCUGCUCAGCUGAUGACAGACCCACCGGGAAGACCGGGGGCCCAGCGCCGGAGCCCCCCAUCAACAAGCCCCCAGUUCCAGGUGGAGUGUUUGCCAAGAACUCCUUGUGGAGGGGCUCGUAUGAGUAUUUGGGGAAGAAGCAGCCGGCCAUGUUAAGAGUCACGCUGUUUGAAACCUUCAGCAACCGAGUCAAUGCCACUCUCAUCGACCACAGCGGGGUCGAACUCCAACUCUCUGGUACCUACAAGCGUGAGGAGGCUCAGCUGCUGCUGCAGCUGCAUCAGAUCAAUGGUCCAGCGGAGAUCUUCACCAACAAGUUCAAGAUGGGCAACUGGGCAUUAGAAGGACGUGUAUCGUACAUGCCCUCUACCAACUCCUUUGUGUACCAGGGGUUCGUCCGAGGAAAAGGUUUCGGACAGUUUGGGCUUCAGAGGCUAGAUAAUCUGGACCCCGCCCGAGAAAACUCCAGCUAUAACUUUGCCUCCAACAGCAGCUCAGUAGCAGCUGCCAUUUUAGUGCCUUUCAUCGCCAUGAUCAUUGCAGGAUUUGCGCUGUACCUCUAUAAACACAGGAGAAGACCCAAGGUUCCUUUCAAUGGCUACGUGGGUCACGAGAACACCAACGGCCGGGCCACCUUCGAGAACCCCAUGUACGACCGGAACAUCCAGCCCACUGACAUCAUGGCCAAUGAGACCGAGUUCACCGUCAGCACAGUCUGUACCGCUGUAUAGCCCACAUAUUACAUACAGCUCGAGGACAUGAAAGAUGGUUUCCAUGCCAACGGAUUUGCCCUAUGCGAGGCAAGCAUUGCUGGUUGGCCGAAGAAGAAAAAAGCAAAAAGAAGCUUUUUUUAUCUUUUUUUUUUCUGUUGUUGUUGUCCAUCAAAUUAAUGGUGGAUUACAGAACAACCUGAGAUGAUGCACCUCUGGAAAACAAAAAAACAACAACAACAACGAUCAAAGUAAAACAAAACUAAACAAACAAAAAAAAACAACUUUGUCAUGACAACUGCAGCAAACAGCAAACAAGUAUAGAAGCUUAAAAAAACAAACACACACGCACACACAAAGAACGGACUAAAAACAAGGAAAAACUUUUCCUAUUUCUACUCUACUGUGUGUGUGUGUGAGGUAAAUGUCAGUUGUUUUUGAGUGUGUGUGUGGGUGUGUGUUAGCGCGUGUGUGCGUUUGGCUUUUUUUGGAGAGUAGCUUCCUGAGGAGUGUGCAUUGCUAAUAUGCAUUGGAGAUAUGCUGACACUGUUCGCAAGUUACUGGCCAAAAAAAAAAAAAAAAAAACACAAAACAAAACAACAACUAAAAAAACCCCACAAAAAUGGAAAAGCAAAGACAAGGAAGUGAGGAUAUUUUUGUGUCCUGUCUCCAUCCGCGGGACACCCGCUGUGGGGGAGCCGCGUCUGGGCCGCGUCUGGGCCGCGUCUGGGCCGCGUCUGCUCUUAGCGUGGGCCUCUCCGCCCGCCCGGAGACGAAGGAGACGAGGGGGACUGGGAGACAAGCGGACCUGCUUGGGUGAUGCAGUGCUUUACUUCUUUUUCUUCCGCAGGGUUUUGUUUUACAUUUCAUGCUGUGUCUGAGAACACUACAGUUUUGUUUUUUUUUACAGUGUGGGAGUUUGUUGUUUUCUUUGUGCCACCCUCUCUCUAUCUCUCUCUCUCUCUCUCUCUCUCUCUCUCUUUCCCUCUCUAUCACUCUCUCUCUCUCUCUCUCUCCUCUCUAUCACUCUCUCUCUCACUCUCCCUCUCUCUCUUUUGCUCUCCCCCUGCCUCUGACUUUCUCUUCGAGUUGCCAUUGAUUUAUUUGUUCCUCUCACCUGAAGCCACAGAGCUCAAAUGGGUAUUGGGUAAAUUGACAUUUCUAAGGUUUAGUCAAUGACAGUCAUUCCACGGUUAGCACCCCUCAAACACAUCUACAUCGAGAGUGACAUGCUCGGCUUCCCCAUGGCAUCGGAGGGGAGGGUUUGAUUACUCCUCAAGUUUAGCGUCCGCUGGGCGUGUUUUUUGUGUUAUAGGUUAAAGAAUUCUUGAGACUUAGAUCUAUUGUGAGACACAUACAUUUCUGAAGUUGUGAAAAAAAAAAACACUUGGUCCUUAAAGUGAGAGAAAGCUGAGAUUUCAGGAGGUGCUGAUCAUCACCAUCACCAUCAUCAUCACCAUCAUCAUCGUUAUCAUCAUCACCAUCGUUAUCAACAUCAUCGUCACCAUCAUCAUCAUCAUCAUCAUCAUCAUCAUCAUCAAAAUAAACGUGACAUAUGAAUUAAUAACAUCAAAUGAUGUAUUUCUCUUGGGAAUUGCAUAGAAAUAUACAUUAUCUAGGUAUUAACUUCAUCAUGUUUAUAUGUUUUUAUUCUGUCAUGGAAUUUCAAACAGCAAAUGUAUCAGACAGAGAUCUGUAAGACAGACGGGGAUAUGAUGAUCAUCAAUUCUCCCUCUAGAUACAGCACCUCCCCCAUCUACCUUCGAACCAUCUCAACAGCAGGUCAUCCAGUACAAAAUAUCUUCUAAGCUUGGCCUUUGGAUAGGGGGAAAACAUGAAUAUCCAGACAAUAAUUAUGUCCAGACAGGUCAGGAUAGCUAGACAUGAUUUUCUGUCAACGUGCGAUCAGAUCUCCAUCUUGAUACCUCUUCCUUUAAACCCUCUCAGUUGUAGGCUGACAUCGGUGGCUAUCAUGCCACCCAAAGACACGCUGGCACCAGUGGCUUACAUGCCACCCAAAGACACUCUGGCAUCAGUGGCUUAUAUGCCACCCAAAGACACGCUGGCACCAGUGGCUUACAUGCCACCCAAAGACACUCUGGCAUCAGUGAUUCUCCUGAAUGCGUCUUAAACUAUUCAGGAGUUCAUCUCUUUCUUUUUUUCUCUCUCUCUCUCUCUCUCUCUCUUUUCGAGGAGUUCACAAACCGCCCAAUUCCACCCGCCCGCCCGCCUGCCUGCCUGUGCGGGAGGAAGAGAUUAAAUGAGGCUGAGGAAAA